CCCCCUUCGGCUACCUCCGCAGCGGAUUGCAACAGCCUUGCAACAUGAUUGGUCUUCACGCAGUUGUGCUGGCGGUGGCGAUGGUGCACGUCGCGUCUGCCGGCGGAAGCUACGGCGGCGGCUUCGGCGGAGGCUCCUUCGUGCGCCCUUCCGUCGGCUUCGGCGGAGGCUCCUUCGCGCGCCCUUCUGUGGGCUUCGGAGGAGGCUCCUUCGUGCGCCCUUCCAUCGGCUUCGGAGGAGGCUCCUUCGCGCGCCCUUCCGUCGGCUUCGGAGGAGGCUCCUUCGUGCGCCCUUCCGUCGGCUUCGGCGGCGCCUCCUUUGGGGGUUCUGGUGGACUGGGACUCGGCGGCGCCUCCUUCGGACGCCCUUACUCGUACGGACGGUAGGCGGCCAGCGGGGAGGAGGGGGGGGGGGGCGCACUGGAGAACCCCCAACCUUAUCCCAAGAUAUAUGUGCACAGUCAGUGGCGUUUGAAUAAAGAUGUCUGUA